AUGUCCAUAACCCUUGGGGCGCAAAUGGGCUACAGCCAUCUCGAAACUGAGGUAGUGUCGGAAACAACGACCGAACGCAAAACAGUGAAGAAAAAGUCGUCUACAGCUGGCGGUGAGGCGUCUACCACGGUUGUCAAAACUAAAAAAACCAAAAAGUCGAAAAAAUCUGACGAAAAAGAAAACAUAUCUGUAAAUUUAAAUGGCCAUUUGACAAAUGAAAUAAAAGAUGGUCAGUACGACGACUAUAUUGUUGAGGAAGAUGACUUAUCUAACGUAUGCGUUCGAGACCUCAAAAAAUCCUAUUGCGAUGAAGCUAAUCGAAAGUCUUCCUCCGUUAUUAUGCCAGAGGAGCCUGUACCCGCUUCUAUUCCCAUAGAUGAACUGAAGCGAAAUUUUGUUGGUGCCAUCAAGAAACAACCAUCCGGAUGUGAAAACGGAAUGAUAAACGGUUGUUCGGUAAGUUUAGGUUCUUUAAACUGUGGUGAAUCUCCAGAACGUGAUAUUUACCGUGAUCCAAAUGUGGUGCGCAGUGAAGACCCAGUUGAUGAGACAGCGGAACUAGUCAAAAGUAAUACAACCGCUAAGAUGUUAUCCUUGUUUAGACAGAUGGAAGUUGCCAGACCAGCUGUACCUGAAGGUCUUAAACCACUUAAACGCUUUACUCCUCCACCGCAAGAUCUUAAGGACUCGGAGACUGAAUCAGAAUCUGAUGAUGAUGUGAGUGGUGAAGAUGAAAGUGAUGAAGAUUCUUCAAAUAGUGAAAYCAAUGGUGAUGUUGUGAAAUCAUCUCUAAAAGUUGAAGAUGAAUAUUUGAAAAAUUCUCAAAGCGCUGUAAUGGCCAAGUCAUUGAAAGAUAAAUUUGAACACUGGGAACCAGAUAAGCAUUCUAUGAAUAAUGCUGUUACAAUGCUUGACUCUGAACAAGAAAGCAUUGAAUCAACUAAAUCUUUGCGUGCUCGUUUUGAAUCUCUGAAAGGUGAUCGUCCAGCUGAUAAGCCAAAACCAAAAGUUAACAGAUUCGUGCAAGAUCAUGAUAGCCACGCAACCACACUGUGCGAAUCCUGUGAGAAGAAAGUUUAUCCCCUGGAAAAGGUCGAGAUCGAAGGCAGACCGUUCCACCGGUCGUGCUUUAGGUGCACGCAAUGUCAAUGCGUCUUGAGGAUGGACACUUUUACAUGGAACAACAAACGUCUUUACUGUUUGCCACAUUUCAAGCGGCUGUUCAUAUCCAAAGGAAAUUAUGACGAAGGAUUUGGUGGUGAUCAGCACAAAAAGAAAUGGGAAAACGGACACAUGCAGCAGACUCUUCAAGUCGCCGCCGACUCGUCAACUGAUUAAUGUAUUAUUAUACUAGACGAAGGGAGAAAAUUGAAUUAUAUUAAUCUUAAAAAAAAGUUAACAGUUUAA